CAAAGAUCAUCAAACAUUGUCGUGUUUCUUCAAGCCAACAGCUUUCCACACUUGAGACGUGACGGUGAAAACAAGUCUCUCUCGUUUGUCCUACAGCGAAUCCCACUGUUGUACACUACCCUCCCUCCCCUCUUAUAAUGUCCGCUUCAAUCACAGUCGCCGUCCGAGUCCGCCCUCCAAAUCCUUGGGAGUCUGAACGCCUACAGUCUGGCUAUGACAAAGAGUCCUUUUUCAUGGGCGAUGGUCAUCUCACAACGUCGCCCGCAAAAACUGCACUCACAUCAAGAUCUCUUCGUCCAAUCGUACAGGUCAUGGAUGACAAGGUCUUGAUCUUUGACCCCAAGGAUCCGGACGUCCGGCGUUCCUUUGAGACAAGAGGCUUUGCGCCGCCCGGUACUAAACGUUACAAAGACCAGCGUUACACGUUCGACCGCGUCUUUGAUAUGGACGCACGGCAGACAGACGUAUUCGAAAAUACCACCAAACCGUUACUCGAUGGCCUGUUAGAUGGGUUCAAUGCGACCGUCUUUGCUUACGGCGCCACUGGCUGCGGCAAGACGCAUACUAUCACUGGCACUGAAUCUGACCCGGGCAUCAUUUAUCUCACGAUGGCUGAGCUAUUCCAACGAAUUGAAGACAAGAGGGACGAGGUGAUUUGUGAUGUGUCUCUCAGUUUUCUUGAGAUAUACAACGAGGAGAUUCGGGACUUGUUGGUGGAUGGUGACGCAUAUAUUCCUCGUGGGGGGCUUGCAAUGAGGGACGAUCAGUCGAACAGGGUCACUGUCCCUGGACUUAUUGAAAUGCGGCCCAAGACGGCGGACGAAGUGAAGGAAAUGGUGAUGCAAGGGAAUGCCCGUCGCACUCAAUCCCCAACCCACGCCAAUCAGACUUCUUCACGCUCACACGCGGUUCUACAAGUCAAUGUCGCACAGACACCCCGAACCGCUGGAACUACAGAGGAGAAAACGAUGGCUACACUGUCCAUCAUUGACCUCGCAGGAAGCGAACGUGCCAGCGCCACAACCAACAUGGGCCAACGGAUGAUUGAAGGUGCCAACAUCAACAAAUCACUUCUCGCCCUGGGCAACUGCAUCAAUGCCCUUUGCGAAUCAGGCAACCGAACCCGACACGUCCCAUACCGCAACAGCAAGCUGACGCGUCUCUUGAAAUUCUCUCUUGGUGGGAACUGCAGGACAGUCAUGAUUGUUUGUGUAGCCCCCGCUUCGAAUCAUUACGAGGACACACAAAACACUCUCAAGUACGCGAACCGUGCCAAGGACAUAAAGACAAAGAUUUCCCGGAAUUAUAUCAAUGUGGAUCGCCAUGUUGGCCAGUACGUUGAGGCAAUCAACCGUCUGAACGCCGAAGUCUCUGAGUUGAAGCAGAAAUUGGCUGGGAAGUUGGACACAGAGACAGAAAUCCAGCGGCGGAAGAGAAGGGAGGCUCAGGCAGAGAUUUCCCGACUCCGAGCGGACUUAUCAGCGAAAUCUGAGCAGAGCCGGAGGUCUUUGGUUGAUGGCGCCGCCUGCGAAGCUCAGCUCUUCGUAGCGAAUGUGCGGCUGAAACCGAUCCACGCACGUCUUGCUGCAAUCGACAAAAUGGACCCAUCGUUGCAAACAUCUGAUGUCCUAGCAGAGCGUUCCUUGCUUCAAUUGCUUUCCAGUCCCGACGAGCAGGCCGUCGAGGCUGACUCCUCCCUUCAGCGUCAAAUUAUGAAAUCCGGUAAUUGUGCUUCACUCUUCGAGGCCACUCUUCGCGCGGUCUCAGAGCGGAAGUCAGAUAGACUUGAUGAGUCUGGUGUCGACGCAGUGCGCAUCGAAGCGCAGUUGCAAAGAACGGAGAUGGAACGGUCCAAAGCCGAGGCUAGAGAGUCCAUAUCAAAGGCAGCCGUCGAAAGCCAGGCAAACUUCGUCACUGAAUUAGUUGGGUUACUCGCGCGUUGCACCGUUAUGAUGGCGGAUGGGAGUGUCACCCUUCAGUCGGCACGAGAGGUUGCUGCAGCGAUGUCUCGGGUUGCUGCAAGUAAUGAUUCUGCAUUCACGGCCCUCAUUGGUCAGAGCACAGCAGCAUUUCACUCCUCCAAAUCUUCUGCACUUCUAAGCUUCACCUCCCACCCUACCCCUUCUAUACUAGUUCGAAAGCCAAGAUCCUCCAUUGGCAUGGGGGGACACGCAAUGUCGCCCCGCCGCCUUCCCACUAAAUCUCCUCGCCGCCCUCUUAGACAAAGUUUGUCAAGAGCGGAGCCUAAACGCGAGGUCAUAAAGAAAAGCGUUCGCUGGCGCGAUGAAACCAGCCAGGGCGAGAUUGACGACAAGGGUCUGAAGCCGGCAAAGAAAAAUUCGCCUAUUCGACCUCCAAUCGCCCCUUUGGUUCUGCAGCCAGGCAUGAAUGGGAAGAAGAAGGCUGGAAGCGAAUCAGAUGGCGAAUGGGAGGACGAGCGAACCGAAGACGGCGUACCUGCACCCCAACCUCCCGCCGCCAAGAGAUCCUCGGUGCCAUCGAAAACCAGGACUGGUCGCCUGGAACCAAAAUUCCUUAAACCGUCACGUCCGUCACCAAUGUCAAGCGUUCGGGCGUCCCCAUUAUCAAACAUUGUCAACUCCCCACCACGGCUUACUUCGUACGCUGCGCUUGGGGCGUCUCCUCACGAGCUGCGCCCGGGCAUCAACAAAGCCCCAGCUUCUGUGACCAAGUCUCGACGGAGAUCUAACCUGGGCUCUGCUCGAGUGGAACGGUUGUCGAGAAGACGGAGCAGCCUCAUCCCCCGACCUUCGCCUCCAUCUGCAGCAUACGCAUAUAACCAGCCUCGCAAAUCUCCAGCAAAGAAAGUUCGCCGGUCCUCUAUGGCGGUGCAUUCGGACUCUUUGCUGUCCUUUACCUUUCCCACAGGCAAAGCCGGACGAUCUUUGUUUUCGAACUCCCUUUCUAGUUUCACCAAUGAUAUAAGUGCUACUGGCAAGAAAGUUUGGCGGUGAACCGAUACCAUUCGUUACUCUAACCUUUCGUCGUCGACUUGCAUUGUUGUCCACCAUCGCAUUCGUUAUCGUUAUGAGUUCCCUUUGUCUUGUCAUGUGUCUGCCAGUUUAUCAUUUAUACUACUUGUACCCGUACGUAUGCGUAUGUUCUAGCUCAAAUGGAUUCUCCAAACCAACUACAUAUUUUUGGC